AUGUUCUGGCUCUUCAUGGUGUGUCGGGGGAUUGUCGGCGUCGGCGAGGCGACCUAUUCCAACGUCUCACCUUCGAUGAUCACAGGUAAAGGUAUGGCCGCGACGCGACCGCACCGCCUCGCUUUUCAGACAUGUUCACUGGUCAAACUAGGGCUCGAAUGUACAUGUUCUUCUACAUGGCCGUACCGAUUGGAAGGUAUUUCUUUGCGCUCUCCCAUCCUUUGACGACUCUCUCAUUUUCACGUGCUGUUUUCAUUUUUCUAUGAUCUUGCUGUAUCAGAAGCAUGAACCUUUUAAAAUUUUGGCAACGUCAAAAUUGAAGGGCCCAAGAUUUUUCCUAAAUUCUGCAGCGCCUUGAGAAAAUCCACUUGUCAGAAACUUUCUCAAGUUGUCAUGAAUGAAUUAUUAUUCAAUUUUCUUUUAAACUGACCCCUUUAGUGGCCUCGGUUUCGUAGUCGGAUCUUCAAUGUCUUCCCUUCUCGGCUCCUGGCAAUGGGGCGUGAGAAGUACGGCGGUUGUAGGUUUCCGAUCAAUUCAGAUCGUUUUAUGUAAAUUGCAUCGUUUUCCAGGGAUCAUUGGAUUGGUACUUCUGGUGAUUUUUCUCGAGGAGCCGAAAGGAGUUCAAAAUGAGGCAAAAGCUGAAGAAACUCGAAUAACAGCGUCUACCUCGUUUUUGACCGACUUAAAGGAUAUUUUCUCAAAGUAGGUUGUGGUGGUCGCACUUGGAAUGGCUCAAAGCGUUGCGUUUAAAAGUCGGAAAAGCCUCAUGGCACUUUUAUGGAGGCUCUGAUUAUCACAGCCGAGGCUUAUAUUUUUCCAUCAAAACCUUUUUGAAACAUGUUGUUUCCAGCAAGACCUAUCUCAAUGUCACGAUCGGCUACACCGCUCUCGUUUUCUGUGUUGGGACCAUGGCUUGGUGGAUUCCAACGGUGGCUGAGCAUGGGAUCGCCGCCAAAGACGGCCUCAACUCGACGGACCAACUUGAUGAUAAAACGAGAGACAGGUUUCAGAUCAUUUAUUGA